ACACCCCCUCCCCCCAUCUCCCGAAUUCGGAGGUCUCAAGGUUGGCAAGGAUGUCAACAAGUCACCACAAAAAUGUGUUUCUGUCAGAACCGAAGAGCUCAUUUAAACAUGUCACAUUUCAAAAAUUGUAACUGCAGACAUAAACUUGACCGAAGUAGUACGUAUAGAAGUAAGUAGCGUCGUCGGGUGAGUGGAGGAGCAGUUGAGCUAACUUACGUCAAAUCAUGUGUCCACAAGUAGCGGACAUGACAAAAUGGUGCUCUUCGUGACGGACACUCUGCUUUCAACAACCCGCUGGAGGACGUCGACAGUCGGGAGGAGAAGUAGGAGGAGUUGGGGACACCUUUCCUCAGGGGGCCGGGCGAAGGCGACGUCAGGCGGCCAAGCGAGCAGAGGGGAGAGCAGCCGCGCUCCGGUGCUCCGGGUUAUAACGGUGCGCGAUGGAGGCGUCACGUGACCAGCAGGUGCCCCUCAGUCAUGGCGAGAAGAGUCCUGUUAGAAGUAGGAGCUGCGAGAGGCCAUCAAAGGACAGAAAGAGAAAGUUGAUUAGGUCCGACCUCGCUGUGGACACUGAAGAGCUCAUCCAGGACCUGAUUGGCCUGCAAGAGACAUGGCUGGCAGAAGGCAAGACAGGCUCACUGUGCUCUAACAGAUCCGGGAUGCUUCAGGAUUUAAGUGCCGGUGUCCUCUUUCCGCCAUGUCUGCAGCACCCAACUUUUGCUCAGGUUCCCGACAAUGACGAGCAGUUUGUCCCAGACUUCCAGACUGAAAACUUGGCGUUCCACGGACUGCAGCUGAAGAUCAAGAGAGAGCUGCACAGUCCGUGUUCCGAACUGAGCUCCACCUGCAGUCAAGAGCGGCCCUUCAAGCUCCAGUAUGGAGAGAAGUGCCUGUACGUCAGUGCCUAUGAGCAGAAGCAGCACGCAGGAAUGAAGCCCUCCAGCCCAGUGACGCCCCCCUGUAGCACCCCUGUGUCCCCCCUCCCUCAUGCCUCACCCACAGCUGUCCCGACACCCAAACCUGACCGGACCUACACCCAGGUGCCAGUCUCACAGACGCUCCCUGACAGCGCCUACGCCAUCGACCACAGAUUUCGCCGGCAACUUUCCGAGCCAUGCCACUCGUUCCCCUCCCCGCCGACAAUGUCUCGCGAUGGACGCCCCAUCUACCACCGGCAGAUGUCGGAGCCCAGCAUUCCCUUCCCUCCUCAAGGCUUCAAGCAGGAGUACGCCGACCCCCUGUUUGAGCAUCCGGCCAUGAUGGGGGCGCCGCUGCCCCACUUGUACCCCGCCACCAUGAUGAUCAAGCAGGAGCCCAGGGACUUCAAUUACGACUCAGCGGAGGUGCCCAGCUGCCAUUCUGUCUACUUGCGCCAAGAUGGCUACCUGGCACACGCCAACCGGACUGAAGGUUGCAUGUUUGACAAAGUGGCCAGGCACUUUUACGACGACACCUGCGUGGUGCCAGAAAAGAUGGAAGGCGACAUCAAGCAGGAGGCGGGCCUGUACCGUGAGGGCCCAUCCUACCAGCGCCGAGGCUCACUGCAGCUGUGGCAGUUCUUGGUGGCGCUGCUGGACGACCCGUCUAACUCACACUUCAUCGCCUGGACGGGCCGCGGCAUGGAGUUCAAACUCAUCGAGCCGGAAGAGGUGGCACGUCGAUGGGGGAUCCAGAAGAACAGACCUGCCAUGAACUACGACAAGCUGAGCCGAUCGCUGCGCUACUACUAUGAAAAGGGAAUCAUGCAAAAGGUGGCCGGCGAGAGAUAUGUGUACAAGUUUGUGUGCGACCCCGAGGCCUUGUUCUCCAUGGCGUUCCCGGACAAUCAGCGUCCCGUGCUGAAGACCGACAUGGAGCGUCAGAUCAACGAGGAGGACACGGUGCCGCUGUCGCACUUUGACGAAAACAUGACCUACGUGCAGGAGGCGCCCUACUGUCAGCCGCACACCUACAGCGAGGGCUACGUCUACUAGCCCCGCCGCCUUUCCAUGUGACCGCCUUCACAGGAAAUGACCAUGUUGUCCAACAUGGAGUGGACACCGUCUGAACACAUCCUCCUUUAUUAUUAUUACUAUGAUUAUUAGUACUAUUUUUAUUUUGUUGCUCCCGUCUCUCAGACGUGCACUUUAUGGACCCCAACCCGUUGUUUGUACAUUCAUGAGGGAACGCCAGCAUGCGGCACAUCACCGAGACAGGACUCCCAGUGGCUGACUCACGAGGACAAACUUUACAUAUUUUGGGGAAUUUCACUGCAAUCUUUUCGCCUACGCAACCAAUGAAAGAACAAUAAUUUCCUCCUUGUUUCAUUUCAAGACAAUAAUUUGACCUACCUUCACGUCGGAGCAUUGAAAAGCAAAAGAAUCAAAGACAUUUGGCUCCGCCCAUCAGUGAUGCCUGGCCCCACCUCCGUCUCCUCUUGUGUACUUGUGAGGGAUGAUCACAUUAUCGCACCUGUGCACCUUGUGUGUUUACGGUCGCCAUCGGCCACUUCCAUCAGGUACCCCCAAGAUCAGAGGUCGAAGCUGCUGUUUCUCAAAUUUUUGACCACCCCCUCAUGUACUGUAGCUAAAUAAGCUAACCAAAAUAUUGGAAAACGGUUGUCAGUAUGAGAAAUACAGUUCUACACCAACAGCAAUAAUAAACACAUAGUUAAUUAAUCAAACCCGAUCAGUUAUUGUCAGAAUUUCAAUUGUGACACCAAAUGUUAGCGUCACCCGCUGGCUUUGCUUUCUGGAAUGCAUCGAAAUCAGUCAUCCUUCCGGUGAAAAUGUAUGUAAAAGGAUGUAGUUUGUGUCCCACGGUUCAAUAAAUAAAAAGUGAUUUUUGUCUGCGAAGUACAGAAGCUUUGGGAGGUCAAUCUUACUAUUUAGUAAACUCUGGCGCAAAGAAGUUACAGUGCAUCUGGAAAGCGCUUCACUUUUCCCACAUUUUGUUAUGUUACAGCUUUAGUCCAAAAUGGAAUAAAUUCAUUUUUGUCCUCAAAAUUCUGCACAAAAUACCCCAUGAUGACAAUGUGACUGUUUUGUUUUUUUUAACAUUUUGCUAAUUAAUAAAAAUAAACACAUGUACAUACACUACCGUUCAAAAGUUUGGGGUCACCCAAACAAUUUUGUGGAAUAGCCUUCAUUUCUAAGAACAAGAAUAGACUGUCGAGUUUCAGAUGAAAGUUCUCUAUUUCUGGCCAUUUUGAGCGUUUAAUUGACCCCACAAAUGUGAUGCUCCAGAAACUCAAUCUGCUCAAAGGAAGGUCAGUUUUGUAGCUUCUGUAACGAGCUAAAUUGUUUUCAGAUGUGUGAACAUGAUUGCACAAGGGUUUUCUAAUCAUCAAUUAGCCUUCUGAGCCAAUGAGCAAACACAUUGUACCAUUAGAACACUGGAGUGAUAGUUGCUGGAAAUGGGCCUCUAUACACCUAUGUAGAUAUUGCACCAAAAACCAGACAUUUGCAGCUAGAAUAGUCAUUUACCACAUUAGCAAUGUAUAGAGUGUAUUUCUUUAAAGUUAAGACUAGUUUAAAGUUAUCUUCCUUCAAAAAUAAGGACAUUUCAAUGUGACCCCAAACUUUUGAACGGUAGUGUAAGUAUUUACAGGCUUUGCUCAAUACUUUGUUGAAUAACCUUUGGCUGCAAUUACAGCCUCAAGUCUUUUUGAAUACGAUGCCACAAACUUGGCACACAUUUUUGUCCAUUUCUUUUUGCAGCACCUCUCAAGCUCCAUCGGUUUGGAUGGGAAGCGUUGGUUUUCAUCUAGGAUGUCUUUGUACAUUGCUGCAUUCAUUUUUCCCUCCAUCCUGACUCGUCUCCCAGUUCCUGCUGUUGAAAACCAUCCCCACAGCAUGAUGCUGCCACCACCAUGCUUCAUAUUGGCCUAGUUUCCUCCAAACAUGAUGCCUGGCAUUCACGCCAAAGACUUCAAUCUGAGAGAAUCUUAUGUCUCAUAGUCAUUUUCAGGUGCAUUUUGGGAAACUUUUUAACAAAGAAAUGGCUUCCUUCUGGCCACUUUACCCCACAGGCCUGAUUGGUGGUUUGCUGCAGAGAUGGUUGUCCUUCUGUAAGGUUCUUCUCUCUCCACAGAGGAAUGCUGUAGCUCUGAUGGAGUGACCAUCUGGUUUUUGGUCACUUACCUAACCAGACUAAGAUGAAUGCAGCAAUGUACAGAAACAUCCUGAAUGGAAACCAACACUUCCCAUCCAACCUGAUGGAGCUUGAACGGUGCUGCAAAGAGAAAUGGGCGAAACUGCCCAAAGAUAGGUGUGCCAAGCUCGUGGCAUCGUAUUCAAAAAGACUUGAGGCUGUAAUCAAUAAAAUAUUGAUGAGCAAAGGCUGUGAAUAUUUAUGUACAUGUGAUGUUUUUUAGUUUUAAUACAUUUGCUAAAUAAAAAAUACAUUGUCAUUGUGUGUAGAAUUUUGAGGACAAAAAUGAAUGUAUUGUUUUUUGGAAUAAGGCUGUAAAACAAAUUGUGAAAAAAGUGAAGCACUGUGAAAACUUUCCGGAUGCAUUGUAUCUAUUUAUUUUCUCCCAGGAAGUUUGUUGUUAAAAAUACCAACUUGUCAAUCUUUUUUUUUUUUAAAUUCUAGUUUAGAAAUGUCAAAUAAACAAUACAUUUUCCGGGGAGGUAAAUAAAAACAGAAAGGAGAAUAAAUAGUAUGAGUAUGUAGACCUUUGAAUGAUCCCACAUGUAUAGAUAUAAAAAAAGAAGCUCAAAACAAAUGUUACUUUUUGGUAAUAACGACAAAAAAGUAAGAAAAAUAUAUCUUGUAAAACCUGUUAAUUCGUAUUAUGUUGCUGCUCCAUUUGUUAUUGUACUUUCUGCUAUCAUGACUAUAUUUUUCCUACUGAUCAAUAUUGUUGCUUGUCAAACAUGAGCAUGUUCGACAUCUGCUAUGGAGGCGCACACGUCUGUUGGUUGGACACAAGUGGGGGAAAAUGGUUGUGAGGAGGAAAAUGCUUUCGAUCAUUAAAUAUGUCA